UGCUCCAGUCCCUCCGCAGCCUAUUCGCAGUUACUGGCUCUGCGGACCUGGGUCUCACUCUUCCUGCAGCAGAACCGCGAGAUGUUCUUCAGAGCUGCCUGGAGCUUGGUGCAGGGGAAACGAGGACUUGGACUUGGAAGGCGAGGGAUGCACAGCCCAGGAGAUCCUGCCCACAGCAAGGGGAAGAUGCCCCCCUACACCAACUACCAUGCCCAGCGCUCCUACCCGAUGCCUGAUGAGCCCUUCUGCACAGAGCUCAGCGCCGAGCAGCGGGCCCUGAAGGAGAAGGAGAAGGGCAGCUGGACCCAGCUGAGCCACGCCGAGAAGGUGGCCUUGUACAGGCUCCAGUUCCACGAGACCUUCGCGGAGAUGAACCGCCGCUCCAACGAGUGGAAGACUGUGCUGGGCUGUGUCUUCUUCUUCUGCGGGUUCACAGCUCUGCUGAUCUGGUGGCAGCGGGUCUAUGUGUUCCCCGAGAAGCCCGUCACCCUGACGGAUGAGUGGAAGGCCCAGCAGCUCCAGCGCAUCCUGGAUAUGAAGGGCAACCCUGUGCAAGGCCUGGCCUCCCGGUGGGACUACGAGAAGAAGGAGUGGAAGAAGUAACGCCCUAGGCCGCUCCCCUGGCCGCCGCACGCGGGCCCACAACCCACGGAGCACCCCGACCCGUGUCCUUCACUCCAAUAAAGCUGGCCUGUUCUCUUCUGCCUUUAA